UGCACCGUGCAAUAAUGGGAGUUGGCGGGGGGGCAAUAGGCUGUAGGGGAGCUAUGACGAGAUGUCUUCUGCCUCAUGGUGUUGCCCCUCGCACUAAGUAACACACACAAGGCCACGCUGUGUCCGCCAGACCUUUAUUCCAAGUUCUUCUUCCAUUCAAGUCUUGGUAGUUUCUUGGUUGUUGUUUUUCUCACUGAGGAGUCAGCGAGAGACCCAAGGACUGAUAAGUUACAAAAGACUCAACACACAGACAGAAAUGCUGUGAUUGUGGGGAACUGCUCGUCUGCUGACAAGUUGUGAAAAAAGUCUACUUUGUCACGUAAACUGAGUUUGUGGUAUUCCUCUGCGUUGCGAAACGUCUGUUGGUUUCUGAAGUCUCGAGAGGAAGAGUCGUACAAGAGGAACUGAGGAGGCUGGCAGAAUUGAGGGAGCAGUUGCUGAUAGGCUUCAUGCUUUGUUUCACCCUGGCCCUUGUGAAAGUGCUGACUGUGAGAACAAAACCAGAGUAUUGUGUCUGAAUAAAGCUGCCAAAGAACAAUAGCAGACACUGUACAGAAGAGGCUGAGGCAGUUCUGACAAGGAGGUGUGGGGAGUGAGGACAGAGUGGGUGAUGACAGACCAGGACGCACAGAUGACUGGAACAACAUGAACAGAUUAGGGAUGUGGUCUGGUGUAAUUUUCUGAGAGGCAUAAUGUCACAGGGCAGAGGAAUCUGGGAAGGAAGUGGGAAGCAGGUGCACCACUUUGUCGUUACUUACCUCCUCCUCAUGGCUUUACCAUGCAUGGGCUUCCUUCCCAACUUUUGGUCUGCAGUGUUAACCCUUUCAUGGGACUCACACACACACCAGCACAUUACAGAGCAGGCCAUCCUCAAUGUCACCCUGGAGACUCUGAGGGGCACCAACAUACACCAGGGAAACCAAGCAGAGGAACAGACUAGACUAGGCCGUGCAUUCUGGAGAGCUGUGGGAGAGGUGGUGAUCUCCAAUGCGGCCAUGGACUUCCUGAGCUCCACCAGGUCUGACCCAGUCUAUCACUUUGAUUCAGAGCGUGUUGACAGCGCCAUGGCAAUGUUACGCCAGUUCUGGACUCAGGCUGUGCUCUCCAUACGGGCCAAAGAAUACCAAAGUGCUCGCAAGAGCUUGGGUCAGCUAUUCCAUUCUCUGCAGGAUUUCUACAGCCAUAGUAACUGGGUAGAGAUGGGCCAACUUUCCAUUUACCACCACCUGCUGCAGCCAGAGGAGCCUGCCAUCCCUGUAGCUAAAGAAGGUACUCCCACCUGUAUGGAGUGCUUCAGUAAUACCUGUCGAAACAACCUCCUGCAAAGACUGACAAACACAAAGGAGGACUCCCUGCUCACCACUGGCUACUUCAGCACGUUCCCCGCAAAACCUCUGGGCAAAUGUAGUCAUGGAGGUAUUCUUGACAGCAGCCGCCACAUGGGGGCCAAAGGGGGCAUCAACAAGGACAGCACCUCACCUUUCUUCUCCCCUCACCAUUACCUCCAUGUGGAAGCUGCCACCGUGGCUACUGAGGCCACCCUGACAGUGCUGAGGGACCUCAGAGACACUGUGGGCCACAAAACCUUCCUCAGGCUGUUCAGUGUGAAACAGGUUCCUGCGUUGGUAUUUGUCAUGGACACUACAGGGAGCAUGUUUGAGGAGAUCACCGCUGCUCGCCUCAGGGCUCACUCCAUCAUCCAGAGGCGAGCCGGCCGUCCUGAGCAGACCGGCACAUUUCUGCUUGUGCCUUUCCACGAUCCAAAGGUAGGACCGGUGUAUGAGACCGAUGACCCGAACCAAUUUAUGCAGCACAUGGAGGACCUGAUGGCCCUGGGAGGAGGAGAUGAACCAGAGAUGUGCCUCUCUGCAGUUCACCUGGCACUCACUCACAGUCCUCCAUUGUCAGAGAUCUUCGUGUUCACUGAUGCCUCCCCUAAAGAUGCCCAUUUGUUUGAUGCAGUAAAGGCCCUCACCCUUGAGAAACAAAGCAGGGUGUCGUUUCUCCUUACUGAAGACCCGAACUACUCGACAAAGACGGGUGGGGGGAGGAGGAGGAGGAGGAGGAGGAGGAGUAAAGAGGCUUUGUCCCCAGAUCGUUUCUCUCUCUACUCCUCCCUGUCCUCCCUGUCAGGCGGACUGACAGUAUUCACCACCAACUCCGACAUCCACAGGGUCUCCACCAUCAUGGAGGAUAGCACAGCUGCUGACAAGGUAACUCUCCUCCAUGUAGAAAGUGACCAGGAGUUUAUGUCUGUUCAUGCGUUCAGAACAGACAGCUCAGUAGAAGAAGUAACCCUACACAUCACUGGCACUAUGACAGAAUGUAUCCUCACCAGCCCAGCAGAACAAAGUCAGUCUCUGUUGAACAAGCGAGGCAGUUUAGCAGAGCUGGAGCACUUCGAGGGUCUGUACCGCAUCAGCCUGCUUCCUCCCAUACAGUCUGGUCAGUGGAAACUCCAAGCCAAGAGCGACGGACUCCUCACAUUCAAUGUAAUAGGUGGCAGCAGUGUGGAUUUCCUCUAUUACUUUGCCACACUAUCCAAUAACACACACCCAGGUCUGUCCAAAGUGGAGGGCAGUCCUGUAGCAGACACCUCUGCCUUCCUGGUGGUGUCUGUUACAGGCCUGACUUCAGAUAUAGAGGUAUCCUUCAGUCAUGCAACGCUGCUGGGAGCUGAAGGGGGGGUCCUUAAAGAGGUGAAGCUAAACUCCUCCUCCCCCCCCUCAUCUUCAUCAUUCUAUUCCUUGCGGGAGCUGGUUGGAUUCGUGGACUCUGUUCCCAGAGUUCCCUUCUGUGUUCGAAUCACAGGCCAAGACAGGGAAGGAAACAAGCUGGAGAGGGUUUCCACGGAGAUGGUGCAGCCCACUCACGUUCAGAUACAGGUGUUGUCUGCCCCGCGCCUUGUACCCGGUCACAGCACAGUGGUGAACUUUGACAUCCUGAACCACGGUCCCGCUCGGCUCUUUAAUUUGACGGCUGAUGACGACCGUGGAUAUCUCAACUCUAGAGGGUCGUACAGGUUCCAUGUAAUGGAGCAAGCGUCUUUUCAUGACCAGGUGAACCUCCACACUCCUGCCUCAGCUCGGGGAGGAGAGACUGUCACACUUACACUCACCGUGCGCGCUCUUGACUCUUCACACUCAAAUUAUGCAGUGGCCUAUUUGACUGUGGUACCACCGGAUGCUGACACAUCCCCACCAUCCUGCUCUGCGGCACGAGUUCAGUCUAACUGUUCUCCUGUUUGCAAAGAGUCAGUCUGGAGCGUGUCUCUGGUUGUGUCAGAUGCUGGUCGCUCUGGCCUGGCUCUCCUCCAGCUGCAGAGAGGUGAAGGAAAUCUGACCGUAUUCCACAGCCCUUCACCCACUCAGGAUAACCUUGGAGAGGCCCAGCCUGGCCCUGACCAGCAACAACUACACAGGGAUGGAGACCACCAUCAUCUCCACCACAAGGCCAGAUUACAGACAGGAGACCCACCUUUAAAUAUUUCUGAAUGGUUUGUGGGGUCAUCUCAGCCGCUGUGGGUGAGGUACACGUCCAGCUGCUGCUCUGCUCAGGCGGAAAUGCUUGUGUGGGACACGGCCGGAAACAUGAAACGCUGCCAUCUAACAUCUGGCCAGCAGAGGCAGCUAAGAGACAGACAUACAGAAACCAGUGGAACUGCACAGAUAAUGCUAGAAGGCAUAUUUUUCUUGUUGUUAGGCCUUCUGUGGUCUGCUGUACUUUAGCUUACUAAAUAUAAAACGUUUUGCUGGUCAAAAUUAUAUUUGUACAGAAUGUGUCAUCACUGGAUUCCAGCCUUUCAUACAAGGAAUGAAUGAAGGCUGAAUGGUUGUUCUUUGUGUACUCAAUGGAAAUAAAUGGGACUUUUGCUUAAGUGUGUUACUGUCAUUCUCAAAUAAAUACUGAAAAUUUAA